AUGGACUGCGGCUUCAGAUUCCGUCCCACUGAAGAGGAACUGGUGAACCACUACUUGAGGAAGAAGAAACAGGACAAAGAUUUUAAAGUUGACCACAUCAUCCCUGAGAUUGAUAUCUGCAAGUACGAGCCUUGGGAUUUACCUGGGCUGUUCACAGAGCCAGAGUCGCCAUAUCAGGAUAUGUUCUUCUUCAGCCCAAGGGAUUACAAGUACAUCAACAACAGAGCUCGCACCAACAGGGUCACUGAGCGAGGCUUCUGGAAAUCACAGGCAAAGAACGUGUGA